CCAUUAUGUCGCACGAUGACGCUACGCGUGGCUUUAGAAGUCGAGAAUCAGCUGACAACGCAGUACCGGGACGGUAUAUACAUAACCUCUCGCGGCUUUCUUAUAUCUUUUUAUGUUUCGUUUCUAAACGGAAAGCAAAAGUUCACAGACGUAGUCUUUGAUAACAUAAAGCACAACAUGUUUCGGUUUGGAGCCAGGAGUUUCUUUAUCGCUAGAAAUUUUAGCACGAAGCUGGAUGAGAUUGGUAACCUCGUCAAGAAAAGUAGAGUAGUCGUCUUUAUGAAAGGUGUACCAGAGGAGCCACGAUGUGGAUUUAGUAAUGCUGUGGUUCAAAUAUUAAAAAUGCAUGGUGUUACUUACGACGCUCACGAUGUUCUUAAGGAUGAGGAGCUUAGACAGGGUAUAAAAAACUUCUCUAAUUGGCCCACGAUACCUCAAGUAUUUAUAAAUGGCGAUUUUGUGGGUGGUUGCGAUAUACUUUUAGAAAUGCAUAAAAAUGGUGAACUCAUAGAGGAACUGAAAAAAGCUGGAAUUACGAGUGUCCUGUUAGAAAAACAAGACUCUUCUCAAAAUGAUGCUAAGAAAUCUAAAGAAUAAAUCUUUUUUCAACAUGUAAAUAAUCAAGUAAAUUUAUCUUGUAAUGACAGUCAUUUUUUGUUACAAUAAAAAUUUUUGUUGGUGUUAAUCAUAAC